AUGACGUGGCCAUCGUGGAAGAAGGCAUUUCAGAAUUACUUGGUUGCGUCUGGCCUAGACAAAGAGUCAACAACCCGCCGUAAGGCUAUAUUGUAUCACUGCCUUGGUGCUGAAGGGCAAAGGAUUUUUGAUCUGCUACCGCCUUCUCAAACGUCCGCUACCAACUCAGUUGCAACUACAACGGAAUCCACGGAGUCACCAUCCGAGACCGCCGCAGAUGAGAUGGAAAUUGCUCUCAAGACCUUGGAUACUCACUACACUACUACCGUUAAUCCUAUCGCCGAGCGACACAAAUUUGGUCAGCGCCGUCAGCAGCUCGGUGAGUCAAUUGAUGACUACGUCCUGGCUCUUCGAGAACUUGCCAGUACCUGUGACUUCGGGGCGACGCUUGAUUCCAUGAUACGCGAUCAAAUUGUCGGAUCCACCAACAUACCUCAUCUUCGUGAACGCCUCCUCCUAGAAGGCCGUACGCUUGCGUUGGCUCGUACAAUUAUGCUUGCACGGCAGUUUCAACAGUCACAAAAGGAAUCAAGAGAAUUUGCUGUCGAGAGCGAGCACGAGGAAGUUCAACAAGUCACAAGACAGCCUGCAAGGAAACCUAUGCAGAAGCGACAGGGCGAUCGCUCGAGCAAACGCUCUGCUACGCGAACUCAAUGUUUUCGCUGUGGCUCUAGGGAUCACUUGGCGAAUUCUCCUUCAUGUAAAGCCCGCAAUCAGAGAUGCUCCGCAUGCAGCAAGUUGGGGCACCUCCGUUCCGUUUGCCGCUCUCUGGGACAACUACGUCAACUUACGGAUGAACUUCCGUCACAAGAUUCCAUUACGAACUCCGAAGUACAAACUACCUUACAGUUGGAUACUUCUGCUCCAAAGAAAACUGGGAUCUACGUUACGUUGUCUGUCUCAGAGAGGGACAUACGUUUUCUCAUUGACACGGGAUCUUCAGUAACGAUUAUGUCUUCUGCCGUCUACGAGGGGCAUUUUGCAUCCUUGCAUCCUCUGAAGCCGACAUCUGUGAGCCUGUACGAUUUCUCCAAACGCUCAAUUCCCAUUCAGGGAUGUUUUUCGGCACCGGUCAAGUACGCAAAUCGUUCAGCAUGUCUGAAUUUCUACGUAGUAUCCAAUGGCACGACACUUCUUGGCAUGGAUGCUGUCACGUCGUUGGAGUUAUGCAUUGACGGCAUGAGUCUCUCCUGCUUUAGUACGACUGCGUCGACAGUCACCGUACCCCCAGCAAUUUCAGCUGAUUUCGGACACCUUUUCGAUGGAACUCUGGGUCUGUCUAAACAUUACAUUCACAAGGUGAAGAUACGUUCCGACAUCAAGCCCGUUACAGGCAAGUUACGCCGUUUACCGUUAACAGUACGAGAACAAGUUUCUCAAGAACUACGUCGUCUGGAAGAACAGGACGUAAUCGAAAAGGUCACAGCUUCAGAGUGGGUCUCUCCAAUCGUAGUGGUAAAGAAAAAAGAUGGCUCCAUCCGCUUAUGCGUCGACCUACGCGAACCCAACAAAGCCGUCAUUGCGGACUGUUUUCCACUACCACAUACUGAGGAACUGCUUAACGCCUUAGCCGGCGCCAUGAAAUUCUCGAAACUGGAUCUGGCAUCCGCUUAUCAUCAAGUUCCCCUACACCCAGAUAGCAGGGACUUAACCGCAUUUAUUACUCACGAGGGACUCUUCCGUUUUAAGCGCGUAUGCUUCGGACUUGCCUCCGCUCCUUCAGCAUUUCAACAAAUGAUGUCCCUCAUACUCCGAGGCUGCAAAGGAGUUCUCUUCUACAUAGACGACAUCAUCGUUUACGGACAUUCGCAAGAAGAACACGACAACAACCUCCGUCAUGUACUCAAGCGUUUGUCUGCGGAAGGCUUGAAAUUGAAUCACAAGUGCGUGUUUGACGUCGUCGAGCUUACUUUCCUCGGACAUGUCGUAAAUGCCCAUGGACUGUUACCUCAAACGUCUGCAAUUCAAGCGCUACAAAGGGCCCCUCCACCUACGGAUUUAAAGUCACUUCGUUCUUUCCUGGGAUUACUUGGGUACUACUCCAAGUUUAUCCAUCACUUCGCCGAGCUGGUGGAACCGAUGCGUGAACUCCUUCGAGAGGGAAAAACUUUCGAGUGGACUUCAAGGGCGGAUCAAACUUUUAACAAGGUGAAAGCUACACUCAGCUCGUGCCCGGUUCUACACAUGUUCGAUGUACAGCUCCCAGUGGUCGUGACCACAGACGCUUCAUCAUACGGUUUGGGUGCCGUUCUGCAACAAAUUAAAGGGAACGAAGUUCGCACAGUCGCUUUUGCUUCCCGUACCUUAUCUUCGGUGGAGAGAAAGUACUCGGUUGGUGAGCGCGAAGCGCUUGCCUGCAUGUGGGCAUGCGAGCAUUGGCAUAUCUACUUGUGGGGACGCCCCUUUACUCUACGGACUGACCAUCAAGCGUUAGUAACCUUGCUUGGCACACAAGGCUCUGGACAUCGCCCUCUGCGUAUAUCAAGAUGGUCCGCCAGAUUGCUGUACUACAACUUCACUAUAGAGUACAAGAAGGGAGCCGAGAAUUAUAUUGCGGAUGCCCUAUCAAGGUUACCACUACAGUCAGAUGAUGUUGAUGAAGAAAUUGUCUGCACCAUCCCCAGCCCCAUUUCAAAAGAAGAAUUACAAGAGGCUACGUUGCUCGAUCCAGAAAUCAGCGAGGUCAUCAGUGCACUUGAACAAGCAACUUGGUCGCGACAUGCUCACAGAGCUCCCGCAAUGGGUCCGUACCAUCGCUGCGGACGUGAACUUUCAGUUGUGAAUGGACUUCUGCAUCGUGGCGAACGUUUAGUGGUCCCACGUACACUAACUUCCAGGCUGCUUGAGAUGGCACACGAGACGCACCCUGGAAUUGUGCGUACAAAGCAGCGACUUAGAGAUUUGUACUGGUGGCCCGGGAUGGAUGCCCAAGUGGAAAAAAUGGUGCACGAUUGCUCUAUCUGUCAGUCUGCUGACAAAUCUGCCAAGGUUGCAUCUGCACCUUUGUACCUAGUAGUAUCCCCAGCUACACCAUGGUCAAAACUGGGAAUGGACAUAGUUGGACCGUUCGAAGACUCUCCUCCUUCGUGCCGUUACGCCAUAACGCUUAUGGAUUACCAUAGCAAGUGGCCAGAAAUUUCAUUUGCGCCCGCUGUUACAACAUCUACCGUGGAAGCAUUCCUUAUGCACGUAUUCAGUCGCGAAGGCUACCCCGACGAGAUAGUCACAGACAAUGGCCCGCAAUUUGUGUCCACACACUUCAAAGCCUUCCUGCGAGAACGAGGUAUUCAGCACACGACAGUAUCCGUCUACUAUCCACAAGCCAACGGUCAAGUUGAACGUUUCAACAGAGUGCUCAAGGACACCAUACAAGUUGCAACACUACAGCGCAAAGACAUCAAACGCGCAAUCCUUGAGCAUCUCGCGGUAUACAGAAGCACACCGCACGCUACAACAGGUGUCUCUCCAGCAGUGCUUCUGCAUGGCCGGAACUUUCGAACGCGCGUCAACGUGGUAGGACUUCAAAAGCCCUCAGCAACACCCGACAUGUCGAGAGUCAAGGCACGUGUGUCGUCAAAACAGAGUAAGCAGAAUGUCUACACCGACGACAAGCGAUCUGCAAGGUUCCGCAAAUUCAUGCCGGGAGACUAUGUUCGAGUGCGCCUACCGGGUCGCCGAAAGAAAGGACGGUCAAAUUUUUCUGCACCCUUCAGAAUCAUCGCUUCCCGGGGACCACUAUCUUUUUUGCUGGAAGACGCCAGGAUAUGGCAUUCGUCGAAGUUUACACCAUUUUAUGGUGAGCUGAGGCCACCAGAAGGCCAAGUACAACCGGACGUACCGCCCUCUUUCGGCUACUCUUGGUGGCCUAUUGACGAUAACGCACCUGUUUCGGACAGUGCAUGUGUCUCCCCUCAAGACCAAUCUCCGCACAAAGGCGCAACAGUACAUCCGCUGCCAUCUCUCGAACAGCAGGACCCGCCUCUACGCAGAAGUACACGACAACGUUCCGCUCCUGUCCGUUACCCGGCCAACGAGAACGACGCACCACAGGACAUUGCCGACGACAGAGUGCACUAA